CUGCCUCCGGUGGCUGCUGGGAUACCGGAGGAAUCGAGUCCCGGCUCGACUCAGUCCUCCAGCCGCCCGGGGAAUACCUCUAGUUCUUCCCGGCCGCCGCCGUCGCUUCCUCCUCCGGCCGACGGUCCCCUUCGCCCCGCCCGGUCUGCGCCGCGCGUCUGGCCCGCCGGCGGGCCUGCUUCUCUCAGGAGCCCCCACCCAGGCGCAUGGCUCCAUGAAGCAGGAGGAGGAGGAGGCAGAGCGCGAGAGGUCCCGUUCGCCCCGGCUGCGUCUGGGCCAGGAGAAAAGGUACAGGAAGAAGGAAUGGAAUUGGAAGGAAGAAAAUUCAUUCCAGAGACAAAGUAGUUCCUCUCCUCUGUUGUAGCUGUUUUUCUGGCAAUAUAAACUUUCCUGCUUUCAGGUUCUGCAGCAUUCCAGACCACGAGCACCGAGUCAGGAUGGGAAAGAGACGUUGUGUUCCUCCACUCGAGCCCAGGUUGGCAGCAGGCUGUUGUGGGGUCAAGAAGCCCAAAUUGUCUGCAAGUGGGACACACAGUCACGGGAGUCAGUCCACUACUGUCCCCAGCGCUAGUUCAGGACCUCUUCAAAACCACCAGCAUGUGGACAGCAGCAGUGGACGGGAGAAUGUGUCGGACUUAACUCUGGGACCUGGAAACUCUCCCAUCACACGGAUGAAUCCCGCAUCGGGAGCGCUGAGCCCUCUCCCCCGGCCCAAUGGAACUGCCAAUGCCACGAAGAAUUUGGUGGUGACCGCAGAGAUGUGCUGCUACUGCUUUGAUGUACUCUACUGUCACCUCUAUGGCUUCCCACAGCCGCGACUUCCUAGAUUCACCAAUGACCCCUAUCCACUCUUUGUGACAUGGAAGACAGGGCGGGACAAGCGGCUUCGUGGCUGCAUUGGGACCUUCUCAGCCAUGAAUCUUCAUUCAGGACUCAGGGAAUACACGUUAACCAGUGCACUUAAGGACAGCCGAUUCCCUCCCUUGACCCGAGAGGAGCUGCCUAAACUUUUCUGCUCUGUCUCCCUCCUUACUAACUUUGAGGAUGCCAGUGAUUACCUGGACUGGGAGGUAGGGGUCCAUGGAAUUCGAAUUGAAUUUAUCAAUGAAAAAGGCGUCAAACGCACAGCCACAUACUUGCCUGAGGUUGCUAAGGAACAAGACUGGGAUCAGAUCCAGACAAUAGACUCCUUACUCAGGAAAGGUGGCUUUAAGGCUCCAAUUACCAGUGAAUUCAGAAAAACGAUCAAACUUACCAGGUACCGAAGUGAGAAGGUGACAAUCAGUUAUGCAGAGUAUAUUGCUUCUCGACAGCACUGUUUCCAGAAUGGCACUCUUCAUGCCCCGCCCCUCUACAAUCAUUACUCCUGACACACGGCUGCAUGACCAGUCCCACCCCCCUGUGGCCACCAAUGGCUAUGACAUCAUUGGAGCAGAUGCCUCCUCUUCCUGGUCCAGUUACUUCUAUUACUGCACCAUUUUAUGAUGCUAGCUUCCGUUGCCAAGUCUGCCUCCCACUGACUGAGGGGGUGUGGGGUUACACUGAAUGAAACAGAACUUGAGGGGCCCAAGCCUUAUCUCAGCCUUUCCUCAAUAUGGGGUUCCAUUGGAUUGGGGCUUCUCCAUGACUAGUAAGAAUCGCUGUGUGGGUGCUGAAGACCCUGCUCUGGUGAUUUGCCACAUGUGUGUUGGCCACACACUGGAAUUAGAGUCGAUGAUCAAUGGAGGUUUACCCCACACACGCCCACAGCCUCCCAGAUCAAAUAGGUGUAUUCCCCUGGCAGUCUGGGCAACGGAGACCAACAAGAAACAUUUUUAGGUUGUUUUAAAUUCCUUUUUUUAAACUUCCAGUUUAUUGCGUACCAAGAGUUGAUCACAACCUCCAUGCUUCAUAAGUGGACGCCAUGUUAGGGUUGAGAGUGGGCACCAUGAGUCCUCUGAGGAUCCUGGACAGAGACCCACACCAAGAUCGAAGGCCUGCGGAUGGCGUUGCAGAUCUCAUCACUCAAUGAGCCUCGAAGGUUUAAAAGUCUCACUCCACUCUCAGUUGGAUCAUCUGGCACUCUUCCUGCGUCAAGUCUCCUGGUGUUACAUGGAGCUCUGGUGUGGCCUGCUGAGGAAUGGAGUGCAGAUGCUCAUGGGAGGCCUGGUGUCAUCACUGUGUGAGGUGUGAAGAGAGAGGCCUCUUCCUCACCACCUGGCUACCUCACUCCUCACUGGUAGCAGUGCCUAUAUAGCUGGAUCUAGGUUCUCAGAAGCGCAGAUGUGCAAACAGGCAGUUGGGUUGGGCUCAUUGUCAUAGAGAAUCUGGGGUCUCUGGGCUGGUUUUCUUUUCAGGCAAACAUCCUGAGGGACCUUUAUGCAGGCAAGUUCAUUUUCCUAGUUUGCCUAAAGUAGGAAGACUGGUGAUGUUUCUGUCCCUUACAAGACUCUAGAGCAAAGCUGUUUAAUUAAACAAGGUAAAUCUUUAUCUUACCUGCCGUGCUGGGAGUUUUAACCCCACCAGGGCAUAAUUCCAAAUUGGUCCUUUUUUUUCCUGGGUCAUUUAAACUUCCAUGUGACAUUUCCCUUCCCAUCAUUUGCCCAUCAUUUUCUCUCUUGACUCUUCACUCAUGUGGUAGCAAAGGUAGAACUAGGGGACUUGGCCGAGGCAUUGAAAGCACUGUCUCAGAGGCACUGCUAGUGGCACAGGAAGAGAUGGCCAGCUGAAGAAAGGGUCCCGGGACAGUACACUAGGUCUCCACAACAUGCCUGGAGAACUCUGGAAGUGGAUUGGGUGUCAACCCAGUGAACAUGUGUGUUGAUUUAAUUUAUUUUUUAGUUUAUGUGUUGUUGGUGUGGCUUUCCAAAAUGGGCGUAGAUUCAAGUUUAAAGAUCCUUGGAGCUUUCUUCCAGGAAGUUGGGGGAGGGAGUAGGGUACAGUGUAAGAAGGCAUUGCCCUCCAGUUCCUGGUAGGGUUGGUCAGGGGGAGCAGCUUCAUGCUGCUGGCAGGACCUGGGGUAUGUGGGAAGACUUAGGUGACAUCAGGGUGCCCAGGCUAUGUCCUCAUUGCCAUACUGGGUUUCCAUGGCCUGCCAUGGUCCCCUUGUAGUGUCAGUGAAGGUGAAGGGGUCAUCUCAUGAUGUCCUGCUGCUGAGGAUGAUAAAGGCCUUGCUACAGGUACGACAACAGUUACCCUUAGGUGCCAUGGAUUGAUAUCAGUGGUCAGCUCUGGACUAAGCCACCCACUCCAAUUUGUACAACAGUAUUGAUACAUAGGGCUACACUCAUUACUGUUCAAGUGUUCUAUGUUAAAAGUUGUGUUUGAUUUCUAAAGAUUCAAAAAAAGCAAAAAAAUUGGUGCUAAACUUUAACCCCUGAGCACGCUCAGUGAGACUGGUCAUGCAAGCAUUUACAGUGCCAUGCUCCUCAAGCCUAUUUUUCUUGUAGAAAUGUUGCCCUAUUUGUCUUCCCCAGUGUAUAGUAUGUAUUUUAUUUUACUUUAUUUUAUUUUAUCGAGGGUGGGGUAGGAUACCUGCCAUUUAAGAAAAUAAAAUUUUUAAAUCCCCCAAAAUGGGGGAAAUCAGUGCACAAGAAUAGGGCUGGUGACUCCCAGCAUCACACUGAAGUAGGCUCAGUGGUUUUGGAGUGAAGAAGCCUUACUCCCUGCACACUUCCUCAUGCUUCUCUAACAAGUCCAGCAGUGGAGGUCCAUGAGCUCCUCUUGCCUUGUCAGAGGGCUCAGAAGUCAGCCAAGGGAAGCUACAUGGGACCUGUCGGAGUCCAUCCUGAUCAGAGCAUAUCAGGAAGCAGUCUGGAAGUGUGUGGUCAUGGUGCCCUCGGGGAAAUGUGGGGGAGGUGGCUCUCAGGAAAAAUACCUGGUCUGGAUCAUCCAUGCGGCAGCUUUGCAUAGGGAGGUGGCAGCUCCGAGGUGGAGCAGAUUCGCCUUCCCCUUGCUUGACCAAAGCAGUAAUGAGGGUGGCCGGUACAUGCCAACGCCUGGGAGGGAGAGCAAAGGAGAUGCUUCCUGCCUGCUGCUUCCUCUGUUCUUAGGCCACUGAACAGUAGGCAACCACUGUUGUAAGGAACCAGCCCAACUUUCUGGCUCGGUUCAGAGUGUGUUUCAUCCCUAGCUGUGAGUGCCUUUUGGUCUAGAAAGUUGGCUUGUCUCAUAAUACCCACAGCUAGGACAUUUUCCCUGUAAUUAUGAAUUGUCCUCAUUUUACAUUAAGAGAGUGUUUGAUCACUAGAGUUUGUCAGUGUUGGAUUGUUUCCACUGUGAGGUUCUUAAACUUUUUCGCUGCAUAAUAUUGAAACAAUUCAUGUUAGAUACCCUUUCCACAUAAAAGAUUUGUAGUUGAGACAUUACAUAUAUUUUACUGUUUAUAAUAAAAACCAUCUAUACAAAAGAAGUCCUGGGUGUUAAUUUUAAUAUUUUGCACAAGAUCUGUUUCCAUGAUAUGUUAACAUCUACAAUUUCACUAACUGUUGAUGUUUUUUUCUAUCAAGAUUUCUGGAGCCUAGGGAUCUACUUGUUCUUUUUGUUUAUUUUUGUUCUUCCCUGAAGCAAGAGACUGUAUGGCCUUCAGUGCAAAGAUUUCAGACCAAUUCUUUGUAUCACACUUGGUUGCCUCUUGGCUAUAUAACUUCUGAGUGCAAAUCAUUGAACUCUUUAAUGAAGUAUUGUAGAGAAUAAAUCAUAAUGGGUAAAAAUU